AAUUGCCAGCACUCUGUUUCCAUCUCAGAUCUCUUCAGUGACGACCAUUGAGCACAGGGGUUUCCUACGAAAAGAUGAAGAGGCAUGUGGCUUGUUACUUUGUGGCACUGUACGCAGUAACAAUUGGAUAUACAUCAAAGAGGUCAGCUGCUGAUUUGGAUGUGACUCCCAGGAAAACUGUGACGUAUAACGAACUUUCUGAUGCCAAGCGAUUUACUGAUAAAGUGAAGAAUUACACCACGUUACUGCUGGAGGAUGAAAAUGGAAUUAUCUUUGUCGGAGCGAGAGGAGCCAUCUUUUCUCUAAACGCAACAGACAUUUCUCACAGAUCCCGCAGAACUAUCAAUUGGGAGGUCACAGCCGAAGAGACCAAAAAAUGUCACAACAAAGGCAAAAAUGUUCAGACUGAGUGCUUCAACCAUAUAAGGCUCUUGCAGAGAUUUAAUGAAACCCACCUGUACGUCUGUGGGACGCAUGCCUUCGCUCCACAAUGCUGUUACAUUGACAUCAAGACAUUUGUUUUGCCUUUAACUUGUGAAGAUGGAAGAGAGAAGUGCCCAUUUGAUCCAGUUAUAGGGUACACUGGAUUUCUUAUUGAUGAGGUUCUGUACACGGCAUCAGGCUAUGGCUUCUACAGUGUACCAGAUAUACGGAAAAAUGUUUCAGUGCUGCAUACAUUGAAAACAGAAGCAUCACCUCUGCAAUGGCUGAAUGAUGCUGAGUUUGUGUCUUCAUCUUUGGUUCAAGAAAGUAUAAAUUCUACAAUAGGAGAUGAUGAUAAAAUCUACUACUUCUUCAAUGAACAAGUCAAGGAAGAAAGUUCUGAGUUUUUAGCAAACACCAAAGUCGCCAGAGUAGCUCGGGUGUGCAAAAGUGACAUGGGAGGGAAGAAGAUCUUGCAGAGGAAGUGGACUUCAUUCCUAAAGGCACGAUUAGCCUGCUUCAUUCCGUACUAUGAAACCUUGAAGAGCGUAUACACCCUAGAGAUGGGAACCUGGAACACAACUAUCUUCUAUGGCGCCUUUGUUUUACAAUGGAGAAAAAUGGAAGUCUCAGCGGUUUGUCGGUAUAGCAUAACGGAUAUUCACGAUGUAUUUGAGGGUGAUUACAUGGAAUAUCAAGAUCUUUUGCGGAAAUGGUCUCGAUAUCAAGGGACUUCGCCAAGGCCAGGUUCUUGUAUUACAAAUGAACAGCGAAACAGCAAUUACACCACUUCCCAGGAUCUUCCCAAUAAUGUCCUGGAUUUUGUGAAACUCCAUCCUCUCAUGGCUGAGUCAGUGAAGUCUAUUGAUAAGCAGCCAAUCCUCAUGAAGAAGAACAUCAUUUACACCCAGAUUGCGGCAGACAGAAUCACAGCUCUGGAUAAGGAGCAAUAUGAUGUCUUGUUUCUUGGCACAGAUAAUGGAUGGAUUCACAAAGCAGUGGUCAUCAAAUCCCAAGUUCAUAUCAUAGAAGAGAUCCAGAUCUUCAAGCAGCCACAGCCAGUUGAGAAAUUGGUGAUUUCCAAGAAACAGAAUAGUUUGUAUAUUGGAGCACAAAGUGGAGUCAUGCAGUUACAGCUGUCUGGAUGUAGCCGAUACACCUCAUGCUAUGACUGUAUCCUGGCCAGGAACCCAUAUUGUGGGUGGGAUGGCCAUGUCUGUCGAGAACCUCGAACAUCACAAGACAGGGUACAGAUGACGCAGGAUAUGCAGAAUGGUAACGGAGGAUGUUUAAACAGCACAGACAAGGUUCCAAUAAAGAAACUGAGAACGGUCUUGAAAGGAGAUGAUGUCCUUCUGCAGUGUGACCUUUGGUCUAACCUGGCUAAGCCUCUUUGGCUAUUGAAUGGCACCGACCCAUUGGAAGAUGAUGAUGGUCACCUUCGAGUGGGAGUAGAUGGACUCCUCAUCACAAAUGCUUUUUUGGAACACAGUGGUGAAUAUGACUGUUACUCUGAGGAAAAAGGCUUGCAGUCCAUAGUUGUAUCGUAUAGCGUCAAUGUUCUACUAGAUCUGCCGAGGGAGAAAACAUCCGAAACUACCCCUAUCGUCCAAUUACCAACACCAGCAACUCAAUCUUCUUCCAAACUGGAGUUUGUCUACAUUUCUGUCAUCACAGUUCUUGGUGGACUGUGCUUAGUCCUUUCUAUAGUUUUAUUGUAUGUUUCUUGCCAGCAAAAAAGAAAGGGUAAAUAUGCAAUGAGCAAUUCUCUGAUUACCAGCGUUGAACUUCAGACAGUGUCCUCAAACUUUAAAGACAAGUCUGAGGAAUUGAACAAUUAUUCCGACGGCUGUCUUCAGAUCAUUCCUGGCGAGGCACCAACUGCAUCUCCCUCCAAAAGAAAUCCUCCUCCUCCACCACCACCACCUCCUUUACCAUCAGAGUUCACCAAUGGGAUCAGUACCCUGCCUAACAUGUUGAGAAAAAUGAACGGUAACAGUUACAUGCUUUUAAGACAGAGUGAGGAGGCAAGUUCUCCUUUGUACAAUUCAUUCACGGAGGAGCUUAGCAAGAUCUUGGAGAAAAGGAAACAUACGCAGUUGGUUGAAAAGUUGGAUGAAAGUUCUGUUUAGUUAAAACAAAAACAAAAAAGACA